AUGGUAUGGGUAAACCAACUCAUCAACAAUUCCAGACAGUGGCAAGAAAAACUAGUUAAAAGCAUAUUUAGAGCCGAUAUUGCUACUGAGAUUCUACAAACAACUAUCUCAGAAGAUGGGAAAGAUAGCAUUACCUGGAAGUGGGAACGAAACGGAUACUACUCGGUGGCUUCUGGGUACCGUACUGCUUUUAGACUUUCUCACCCUCCAAUCCAACAGCACCCGGAAGUGUGCAGAGAGAAGAGAGUUUGGAAUAGCUUGUGGGAAUUGCAAUUCCCACCAAAGGUCAAAGUCUUCCUUUGGAAAGCCCUCCACGGUGGUUUACCUGUCCGAAACCGAUUACACAGUAGGCUGCAGACGAUCGAAGAUAUAUGUCCGAUGUGCCAUGAAUUAGGGGAAUCAGUAAAUCAUUGCAUAUUUGACUGUAAGCAUGCAAAGAAAAUCGGGAGAAAAACUGAAUUUGAAAAUUUUGUUACCUUCAACAGCUCUGAAGAUUUCUGGAGGCGAUGGAUAAAGCUUAUAGAGGCGCUGAGGAGAAGACCCAAUUGGAAGAUAAAUAGUGCUUUUACUGCAAUUCUCGCUUGGAGGAUCUGGCUAGCACGAAACCUUAAAAUUUUUGAAGCUAAAGACUCUGCCAUUGAUGUGCUCUAUUCAUCUGCCGUGAAACUCCUUGAAGAAUUUGGGAAGAGAAAUGAGAAAACAAAGGAGAGACACCAGAGAUUGAGGGAGGAAGAAGGAGAAGAGAGGGAGAAUAGGGGAGGGACGACACUGGCGGGAUCGGGAGCUGCUGUUGCCGUCGAGGAUGGGAACAGAGGGGGAGAGAGAGAGAUCGAAGAGAAGAGAAAGAGAAGCAUUGAGAGAGAAGACACGACCGAGGAGGAGGCGCUGUCUCACGCCGUCUCGCUUCGCGCUGCCGCCAAGCCGUCGUCAUUGGGACUGCCGUCACCACCGUCGGAGGUCCCAUCGCCGUCACUGCAUGAGGAGUCGCCGCUACUACUGUCGCCAUCGCUGGAGUUCACCGCCGCCACCGUUGGAGAUGAACCAAUUCGUGCCCUAGCUGCCGGAGCUGGUUAA